UGAUAUAAUGCAAACAUGUCCUUGAGUUUUUUCUUUUACUAUCAGGUACACUUGAUCAGUCAAAGUAAUUUAAGUGAAAUUCAAUAGUCAAGAUUCAAUAUUACAUAUUCUUUCAUUAUAAAUCGAUACUAUUUGAUCAAUGUUCAAAAGUCAAACGAUUUAUAAUAGUAAUCUGGAUUUAUGACAUAAAGACCAAAGACUUUUAAAUCUAAUAAGUGGUAGCCCCAUCAUUGGGACGGCCACCUUCAGCUCAGACAUUGAAAGGCUUGAAGGCUCAGAGUAGAGGUGUACAUGCCAAUAGUACUCCAGUUUACAAGACACAGUCAGAAACCUCUAUCUUACCAAAGCCACCAAAUGUACUGGAGCGAGGACUUAAUAGGGCAAGAAGGCUAUCCACCAGUGCAGGGAUGAAGCCAGUUAAAACCCUAGAUGAUGUCUCUGAAUUACUGACGAGUGAGGUGGUAAAAAAUGUGGUUGUUGUGGCAGGGGCUGGAAUUAGUACCCCUAGUGGCAUUCCUGAUUUUAGGACACCAGGGACAGGAUUGUAUGACAACCUCCAGCAGUAUCGUAUUCCAUACCCAGAGGCUAUAUUUGACAUAGAUUAUUUCCACCAUAACCCGAAACCAUUCUUCACCCUCGCAAAAGAACUAUACCCAUCAGGGAAGUACAGGCCAAACUACAUACACUACUUCCUGAGGAUGCUGUAUGACAAGGGCAAAUUACUCCGCAUGUACACACAGAAUAUUGAUGGUUUAGAGAGAUUGGCAGGAUUACCACCAGAGAAGUUAGUAGAGGCUCAUGGGACAUUUUCCUGGGCUACAUGUACAAUAUGUGGUAGUAGGAAAGAAGGUUCAGAAGUCAAGGAAAGCAUUUUCAAAGACAGAUUACCAAAAUGUGGCAAAAGAGGCUGUCCUGGUAUUGUAAAACCUGAUAUUGUAUUUUUUGGAGAAGACUUACCACAGAGAUUUUAUUUGUACCUCAGAGACAUGAUACAAACAGAUCUAGUCAUUGUUAUGGGAACCUCAUUAGAGGUGCAGCCAUUUGCAGGUAUUAUAGAUACUGUGAAGUAUGGUGUACCACGUGUGUUAUUUAACUGGAAUGCUGUUGGUCCAUUCAAAAAUGGAAAACGGUCUCAGGAUGUUGUAGCAUCAGGUGAUUUAAUUGGUAGUGUACAGAAGUUUGCUGGGAUUACAGGAUGGAAGUCUGAAAUUGAACAACUAAUUAUACAGAAUGAAGGGUCACUUCUUAUUUGUUCUCCUGAAUAUGCUAAGAGAGCAGCUAACAGACCAAAACAAAAAGCUACAACAGAACCUAUUACAAAUGCUUUUUGGCAGAGGCGUAUGGAGAGUUCAUCUGACGAAUCUUCUGAUUCAGAGACAGAUUCAUCAUCUGAAAGUAGUUCUGAUGAUGAUAAACGAUAUAAGAGUGAAUCAUUCAGAAGACGAGGAGUCAGAAGUACUGGAUCAAUGAAAAACAACAUGGGAACUGCAACAAUUAAAAAUGGACCUAAUCGUCUUCUAAAUGAUAUUAAGAAAAAUGGCACAAAUAAUAAUGGACAAAAAAGGGAUUUAUCAACAAGGGUUCCUAAUACAAGAUCACCAGCUCCAGCUAGGUUAGACAAGUAUCUGUCAGGAAGAAAUAGUGCAAUGGCAACACGUCCUCCAAAUGGUAAAUUUGGCAAUGGAAAAAUUUCACAAGCCAAACCAUUGUCUACUGGUGAAAAAAUGAAAGUAUCACCAGAAAAGUUGGCACCAUUAUCUAACAAGACAACCAAAAAUACGGAUAAGAAUGUUCCAGUAGGUAGACCUAAAUUAUUGGAGAAAAUAUCUUCACUUGAUAGGGAGAAAGUAUCUCCAAGUAAGAAUAUUAAUGAUACCUCUGACUCUGUUGUAAAAGAAAAAUCUAUAGAAACAGCGAUCAAUUUAACUGACAACGUAGUACCUUCUUUAGAUCGAACUGUAUCUGAACAGGAAAGCAAAACUACUGAUGUGAUAAAUGAUUCAACCGCUAAUGAAAUAACUCUUUAUGGUGACAGUGAUGUUAAAAGUACUCAAGCACAAAAUGAUGUUGAUAGUGUCAAAGAUGGUAUUAAACAAUUAACAUUAUCAGAUUACAGUAAUAUAAAUUUGAAUAGUUCAGUAGUUCAAAAUGCUGUCAAAGAUGUUGUAAACUCAUGUUCUGAAAAUAAAAAGCCAUUGCCAUCUGAUAUACUCUUAACCACAAGAAGUGAACCAGCAGGUUUUACAAGUACAAAAAAAUUAGACUCCAUUGUCUCUGAUGACAGUAAAAACAAAGCUGAUAAAAUAAAAACAAUAAAAUCUGAGAGUGCUCUUGGUACAGGGUUCCGAAAAUUGAUUUCAACCACAAGUGCUAAGGAGGACAGUAAGAGAGGAAAUGAUAAAAAAACAGAGAGGUUCAAAAGAUCGAAAUCAGAAAAGAAUAUGCGGAAAAAAGACAAGAAUGAAAAGAAACGUUCAGCAUCUGCAAAAGCCAAAGUCAAUCUAAAAUUGAUACAUAAUAGAUAUGCAAAAAAUUCCAAAUCUGAAUCACCCCAGGAAACCAUUGGUGAGGAUGACAGGGAAGUACCUCCCAAUUCAACAAGGUCUCUUUUAAAUGACCAGUCAUACAUUAGUUUAAUAGGAACACUCGAACGUGAAAAGCCACUUGAUUUAAAUCAGAAUGCCAAUGCUGUUUGUGACAUUCUAAAAGCUAAUGAAACAGAUUCACCUCAGAAUCGAGACUGUUUGUAUACAGAGAGUGCUCAAGUUGACACUGUUGUUCAACAAGUAGAGAACUUAACAUUGAAAAAAACACUGCCAGAUGAAAGUCAGAUGUGUUCAGAUUCUGAAAAAACAGUUGAAAUUCGUAGGAAAAGAUUAUUUAAAAAACCACCUAAGCAUAAAAAGAAAUUUGAUGAUACGACUAAAGACUUGAUAAAUACAUUAAAUCCUGUACCUUAUGGCUAUGCUUCCCCUCGUUAUAAGAGAUUAACCAAUAGGUCAAUGGUGCCUCAAAAUGUAUGUAGUGGAUAUGAACUUCCAUCAGAAUAUGUCAGCCCAGAACUUUUACAAAAAAUUGGUUCUGGAAAACAUGUCAAGUUAGCAUAUAGACAUAGUUUAAAAUCUUCAUCACCUGUAGGGUCAAGAGUCAUUGUUCGAGAAGAUUCAAGUAAUAGUGAAAUUGUUGAAAAAGCUGUUGAUAUAUGUCAGUAACAAGGUAGUGUCAUGUCAAAUUUGUUUGAUAUUUAUUAUGGAGGAAAUCUAUAUAUUUGAUGUCUAUUUUUGUAACAGGGAAUUAAGUGCUCAGUUUAAUUAUUAACUGAAACAUAAUGUUACAAAUGUAUCUGUGCAAUCAGAAUUGAGUAACGGUAGUGUAUAAUAACUUUUAUUAUGUCUUGUAAAUAAAACUUUGUUAUAAGGUUACAUUAUCAGCUAAAUGUCUGAAAAGUUAUCUCCCUUUCUGUAAUGUGAUACAAAGAAAUGACCAGUAACUGCUUUCACUUUUUGAAACUUUAUCAAAAUCACUCCCUUUCAAUAUUUCAGUAGGCAUUAAAAUGUUGAUAACUGUGUGAAAUGAUGAAAAAACUGUUUACGGUAAUGAUUUAAUAGAUAUUGUUCAUUGUCAAAGAAGACAGAUCAUGUAAGAAUUAUAUGGAGAAGGUACAAUUUGGGGCCAAAGAUAUUUCAAAAUGUCUGCAAUUUAUAUAUUCAUUAUUUGAAUAUUUGUUCUUCAAUAAUCAUAACUAUUUUUCUUCAAAAAUAUUUGAAUGUCACAGGUUAAGUAGCCAUGAAAUGACAGUUAAUACAGUUAUCAAAACAACACAGUUCAUUUUACUUCCACAUACAUGUGCUUGGAAAUAGUAUACAGCACAGCCCCUGCCCAAUAAUGUAUUGUGUGAUAACAUACUUGAUGACAACAAAAUUUUGGGGCUCUUAUUUUGCACAUUUUAGUUUUUUCAGAAUGUUCCAGAAAUUAGUAAAAUUCUGUCACCAUGCCAUAGUUUAUAUAUAUUAUCAUUUUUUUUAGAGCAUUUACUCAGAAAAUUAGAAAAUUUAUCAUAAAUAAUAUCAUAUACAAUUUCUCAUUGAUAUUAAUGAAUAUUAUGGACAAAAUAUCCCCAAAAUGUACCUUUUUCAAUUUGAAUGAUAACCAUAUUUCUUGUAUAAUUAAGAAUAAAUGCACAUGUAGUAAAACUCAUCGCUGAAAAUUCCCGGUACUAAUCAAUAAGAUUUUUUAGAGAUCAAACCUUUACCUUUAUUUUAUAUAAAUUACCUCAUUUUAGAUGUAUAUUAUAUUAAUUUAUUAUUUAUUUGGUGCUGGAUCAUUUUGUUGAACAUUUUACAUAUAGUUUUCUUCCUAAGAUCAACCAAUCAGAAAAUGAAGUACAGGAAAUGCAUAAAGUUGUGACAGAUAUUAAUGCAUGAUUAAAAGUGACUUAUGUCUGACUCAACAUUCGGUCUGAAAUUUGCAAAGCUUGUCAUGUUCAAUGAUAAUGAUAUUUUACCCAAAUUCUUUAUCAAGUUGAAAAAAAAGAAAACUUAAAAAAAAAAAAUUUUUUCUUAACCAAUUUGGAAACCUUUUUCAGUAAAGUAAACAACACCCAACUAAUUAUAACUUAGAGAAGCAAUUUAUGUAUCUGACUCUGGUAGUAACAGAGACUGAGAUUCUGACUCUGGUAGGAACAGAGACUGAGAUUCUAUAUUCUCCAGAGAGGAUUGUUCUUUUAAAAAUGUACCUAUUUUACUUUGAAGUUAUUUUCAAAUUAAUAUAAUUGUCACAAAGUAUUCUUCACUAAAGUGCACUUGCCUAAAUAUGAGGUGAUUACCAUUUGCAACAACUUGUGUGGUUGACAAUAAGACCAGUUUAAAUUUGAUUUAUAAUGGAAUUUGUUGAAACUGAACAAAAAGGUUAAGUGAAAUUUUGUAUAUUGAAUUUGCUAAUGACAAAAAAGUGCAGGAGGUCCAGUUGAUAUUUUUUCUUUGACUGAUAUGUACGUGAAUAGAAUUUUUUUAAUUCUAAUUGAUUAUUAAAGUUGUUAACUUUACAGAUUUAGAAAUUUAAUACCGUUAUUAACCAAAAAACAACUAACGUAAAAGUUAUUUUACUUUGCUUGAAUUUCUUUCUUUCAUUUCUAGAAAAGUAAACAUAAUUUGAUUCAAAUUGAUAUACAAAUGUACAGCAUUACAUGUAACUAAGUAUUAGAGCAGAAAAAUAUUAAAUCAUGAUUUUGGUCAUGUAACUGUUCCAGAGCACUUUUUUCAGUAUGCUCAUGUUAAAUGUUUAUACAAGGACAAACAUUAAUUAGUGUGUAACUAUUAGAGACAAACUUUUUACAUUAAUCAUACCUUACUUUCAUAUUGGACCUAUCAGACAUACUGGUACUAAAAAUGAGUAAUGGAACAUUUUGUCCGAGGACACAGUUAUCUGCCUUUGAUUGUCUACAAAUAUAGUUCUUACUAUGGACAGUGUAUAUCUUGCAAAUUUUGUUCAUACACUUUUCCAAAUUUAUUUCUUUAUAUUUUAUGCAUGAAAUAUUCAGUAGGGGAUGAAAUUACAUGUUAAAAAAAAAAUUUGGAUGAUGAAUUUUUAAAUAUUUUAAAAUAAAGUAGUGAUUUGGUCCAGUUGAAAUAGGUUAAAAAUUGGUAUGUCUGAAUUAUAGACCCCUUAACAUAGAAUUGUCAAUAUUUUGAGUUAGAGCUGAUAGACUACUCUAUAAUUUUUAUAUAGUUUGUCCCAAAGGUAGUACACUACAUUGUAAAAAUCUUUAUGAGAUAGAGCAAUUGCGAUUUUUUUAAUUUGAAUUUUUUUUCUUAAAGAAAUACACUAUGAAAUAACUGUGUUCUCGGGUCAUUUAAGUUAUUUUUCUGGUAAAAGGGAGAUAAUCCAAUUUAAAUCAUGUUCCAUCGUCUUUACAAAUGCUUUAUAUUCAUGUCUUAUAAGUAUGAUACACAAGAAAAGUAUUCAUAAUGUUAAAAAUAAGAAAUUCUCUAAUAAUUAUAUGCUUUUAAUACCUAGGUCCUUUAUUUAUUUUGCUAUUCAAUAUCAACACAGAUGUGCCAUUUUAAAACAGCUUUAUUUGUUCUAUUGUAAUUGUUGUACUAUGUACAGCAUAUAAUAAGAUAUUAAUUAUGAUUGUGAUAAGAGUCAAGUAACUUGCCUAUUUAUUAAUUGUAAUCAAGAGAUAUUUGUUAUAUGUAUUAAUGGUAUUAAUUAUUACUGGUAGUCUAAACUCGGAAUAUUGUUAUUAAUUUAUAUUAAAACACUUUUCACUCA